UUGAUAUUGUGAAGUAGUAUAAUAAUUCUUCGGUUUGUCAGCACACAAAUUAAGUUUCUCGUUUUGUCAAGUCGCACAAUUAAAAUAAAAAUAAUUUUUAAUUUAAUUGAAAUUAAUAUAAUAUUUUCAGAACAGAGUUGAAUUGAAUAAUUCAUAAAUACGCUGUGAGCUAGCGAAUUAAAACAAAAAAAUAUACUCUACAAUACGGAAUAUAUCAGAAUGAACAAUUGUAUCAUUGAUGUCACUUGUGUGCUGAGAUAAAUAGGCGUCUUGGGACAGACAACAAAGAUAACGAAAUAUCUAUCUUGCUAGGUAAGUGUUUGCUUUAAAAGGGUCUCUUUGUCAGAACGAUGCCUGAAAAUCAAGAGUUGGUUAACAAAUAUGGAGAACCUCUUCGAUUCGAUCGCAACUUUCAUGGACCAAUGUCUAGGUCUCGAAGCUGUACGGAUUUACCAUGUCUAUUGAUAUUUUUGUUCUUCCUUGGUGGCUGGGGCUUUAUAGGAUAUUACAGUGUGCAACACGGAGAUCUGAAUAAAUUAAUGAUACCAACAGACUCCUUUAACAGAAAAUGUGGCAUAGACUCACAAGUACUCAAUAAAAAAUAUUUAUUUUUCUUUAAUUUGGAAAAAUGUAUUGAUCCCUUUGUGCCACUAACGGGCUGUGACACACCUCAGGUGUGCGUAGAGAGAUGUCCUUCUGAAAAAUUUGUAUGGGAGGAUAUGAAAAAUAAACCAUUUGAUUAUAUAAAGUCUCUUUUAAUUUGUAUAUCGGAUGACGUUAAAAACAAAAUUAAUGAAAAAAGCGAUAUAGAAAGAGAAAUAAAUGCUGGACGUUGCGCUAAUCGAUACAUCGAAAGCGAACCAAUUUUGAAUCGUUGCAUGUGGAAAGUUCCCAAAGACAUGUGUGACAUAUCAGCAAGAUUGGAACGUGGUAAACGUGAAACUACUUACGAAUAUCAAAAAAACAAUACACAAGAGAAAAUGUUAACUUACUCUAAACCAAAACUUCAGGCAUUAGCAUUAACCAUGCAAGCUACAGAGGAGCCUGAAAUUCAAUGUCGCCGACGAACUCAAUUAGGAGAAACAGUAAUAAAAGAGAAAAUGCGUCAAACAAAUACAUUUUUAUCGAAAAUGGUAGGUAAUCUUGUCGCGCACUUUUACAAAGAUGCCAAUCAUGAUGCCCAACAAAUUGGAGAAGAAAUUGUUGAAGAUAUACUAAUGUCUUGGAAAAUUGUAUUGAUUGCAUUGUUUUGCACGUUAUUUGCAUCUUUAUGCUUUAUAGCUUUAUUGCGUUGGUUAGCGAAACCUAUAGUGUGGUUAUCAAUACUUGGUGUACUAGUCGGUCUUGGAGUUGGAAUGUAUUUUAGUAUCCGUCAAUACAAUUUUUGGCGUAAUACACCAACUGUACCUAACCAUUCAUACAAUAUAAAUUCUGCUGUCAAAAACGUUUUUGAGGAAGCUAAUACAUGGCUUUAUUUGUCAAUACUAAUAGGCGUUUGCUUAUUCGUUAUUCUAAUGCUGGUUAUUAUCUUAAGAAAGCGUAUAAAAAUAGCAGUAGCGCUGAUUAAGGAAGGCAGUAAAGCAGUCUCGAGUAUAUGGUCAACCGUCUUCUUUCCAAUAUUUUCCUGGGUGCUGAUUAUAACAACCAUUGCAUUUGCAAUUGCAGUGGGUCUUUAUUUAGGUUCUAUCGGAGAGCCAUACUUUCGAAUGAUACGACACUUGGAUAAAUCAACCGACACAGGAGUAUCAACAGAAAAUUGUAUAUGUGAAGGCCCAGCACAAAAUUACAAAGUUGGCGACCAAUGCAAUCCAUUGUCCUUUGAUCAACAUUGCUUUGUAUCAACUAAAGGAUUUUUUCAGCAAUUCCAGCGCCGCCCCUGCAUAGACAACAGUUGCAGUUUUGUUAAAAUAGAACAUAGUCCGACUGUAAAUUGGUUCAUAGCUUACAAUGUAUUUGGCUUUUUUUGGAUAAUAUUUUUUAUUGCUGCGUUUAGUGACAUGGUUCUGUCAACUACUUUUGCCACAUGGUAUUGGACUUUUAAAAAGAAGGACGUUCCAUAUUUUACACUUACGCGCGCUUUUUGUCAGACGGUAUUUUAUCAUCUUGGAACCUUGGCAUUCGGCUCCCUUAUUCUUGCUAUAUGCCGAAUUAUACGUAUUAUGCUAGAAUAUAUCGACUCUAAGCUCAAAAAGUAUGAUAAUGCAGUUACGCGUGCUAUACUUUGCAUGAUGAAAUUCUUCUUUUGGCUGCUGGAAACAUUUUUACGGUUCCUAAAUAGAAAUGCUUAUAUAAUGUGUGCAAUGCAUGGCAAAGGUUUUUGCACGAGUGCAAAGGAUGCAUUCAACUUAAUUAUGAGAAACUUUUUACGUGUUGUUACACUCGAUAAAGUAACAGACUUCCUUUUCUUUUUAUCUAAAGUAUUGCUAACUGGAGCAGCAGGCGUGGCUACUUAUUAUUUUCUUGUAAGAAAUCCUGCUAUUAUACAAUUGCAUCACAAUGCCGUCCCAGUUUCCAUUGUUGUGAUCGCUGCUUUUCUAAUAACCAGUGUAUUUUUUGGUGUGUAUUCAAUGGCUGUAGAUACAUUAUUUUUGUGCUUCCUGGAGGACUGUGAAAGAAACGAUGGUUCCUCUGAAAAACCGUAUUUUAUGUCAAAACAGCUCAUGAAAAUUUUAGGUAAGCGUAAUAAGUUGCCAAAUCGUAUAAACAAUAAUCAGAAUUUAAUUUAAUUUUUGUAAGUAGUAUCUUUAGUUGGGAGGGGGGAGUAUUAGCAAAAGACACUAAACCUUUGUUUGGUAUGGUACAAUUUUUAUUGUAUAAUAAGUCAUGAAUUUGUAUGUAAAUAAUUGAAUUAAAGUUAUUUGAACUGUAAAUAGUCUGAAUAUUAAAGAAGGAAUUGAUAUUGUUAAGUAAAUGUUGUGAAAUGUUAAGGAUUGAUCCUAAGAGAUGGUGCUAAAAAUUUUAAAUCAAAAUAUAAUAUAC